AUGCUUUCCCGCGCUUUCACUCGUAGAGCCAUUGCUCCUACUCUCCGUCGCAACUUCACCUCCGUCAAGCACGGCCACGAGUCUGAGGUCCGCUCAGCAUUCACUUACAAGCCUGAUGCUGCUGCCGGUGCCGAGUUUAUCAAGCUUGAGGAGGAAACUGCUCACCACUCUGAGGCUACUGCUAAGUUCUGGGGAAAGAUCUCUCUCUUUGUCGUUGUCCCCGUCAUUGCUGCCACUGCUAUUCACACUUAUAUCAUUGAGAAGGAACAUUUUGAACACUUGGCUGCUCACCCCCGUCUCCCUGACUCUGAACUCCCCCCAGAGUUUGACUACCAGAAUGUUAGAACCACCCGUUUCUUCUGGGGUAAUGGUGACAAGACUCUUUUCUGGAACGAUUACUUCAACCACAAGAGAGAGUCUGACUAG